AUAGCCUCUUUUUACGUUUUUAAUAUGUGGUGGUAAGUCUAACCUUGACAGUCAUUCGAAAAAUUCACGGAAAAGUUGGUUGUGUGAUGCAAUGUCGUGAAAAUAAUUAUUAGUAAAAUUAAUUUGUAUUUGCAGAAAAAUAUUACGGAGACAAGAACAGCAUGGCUAACUCAAGGCAAAUAUUUGAGUAUAGUGAGGAGUCUCAAGCUGAAAAACUAGCAAGGAAAUCAAAGGACUCCCCAUUCAUGAUCAUUGGUUUGGUGGGCUUGGUUGGAGCUGUUGGUUUCGGAGCAUACAAGUUCAAGACAAAGGGGAAGAUGAGCACCAGCGUAUUCCUCAUGCAGCUGCGAGUGGCCGCGCAGGGCACCGUCGUCUCCGCACUCACUCUGGGCCUCAUCUACACACUCGCCACAGAACAUAUCUUCAAGGAUAAAGGAAAGAAAGAGUAACUCUACAUAGCACAAACUAUGAACUCUAGCAAAAUGUUUAACUCAUAAUUUUAGUAGACGUAUUAAUGUUGUAAAUUUAACACAAUCUGUUUUCUGUGCAUAGGUGUUAUGUAUGUUGAUUGAUUGUAUUGUCCAUCCAAAAGAUUUUGCAGUUGAGAGCAAACCCUCCAUUCCUCCAUCAAUAAGAAGAUAUAAAUACUGCUGUUCUGUAUUCAAUCUCAUAUAUUACGCAAUCAUUUUGUAAAUGAUGUAUGUAUUUAAGUAAACACUGUGAUCAUGUAACAGGUACAAAAAAUAACAAUAAUCAAUCUCAUUUAAAUUCCACGAUAUUUCUGAUAAAUGAUCAUUAUUACUGUACAUAAACAAAAGCCUAUUAUGACCUAAGUACCUACCCUAAAUAUAAUUUAGAAAUGUACUUAUUCCUAAAUCUAGAAUCUCCUAAUUCUUGAAUAUUUUAUUAUUUUGUGCCUGUUGAAUAAUGUAAGCUUUAUUUAUUGUUAUAGUUGGUAAUUUGUGAAAAUAAACUAAAGCAAUUUA